AGUCUUCCUAGACCAUCGCUGCCGAUCUCGCCAAGUUCUUCGUGCACAGGCUUCGGGCGAAAGCCCCUCGAAUAGAUAAGAGAUCGGCAGAAAGAUGGAACCGUACGGAGACGACGUGCUAUGGAUCGUGGUCGUGGGAUUCCUCAUGGCAUUUCUGGUAGCGUUUACGAUCGGAGCCAACGAUGUGGCCAAUUCCUUCGGGACCUCCGUCGGAUCCAAGGUCCUUACCCUCAAAACGGCCUGCAUUCUUGGUAUCUUCUUCGAAACCGCGGGAUCCAUCCUACUCGGUUCCGAGGUGACAGAGGCGAUAGGGACGGAGAUCUUCAACGUGGACGCCUAUAACGGAACCGAGAAGCAGAUCAUGCUUGGAGCUCUGGCAACUUUAGGCAAGCAAAGGGGAUCGGGACUCUGGCAGUUGGUGGCGACGUAUUUCCAGCUUCCGAUCUCCACGACCCACGGCGUUGUGGGGGCCAUCGUUGGGUUCAGCCUCGUCGCUAAAGGACCUCUGGGUGUCCAGUGGAUGACCGUCGCCCGGAUCGCUGCGUCCUGGGUGUUGAGCCCGGUGGUGUCGGGUGCCAUUUCGGCCCUCUUCUUCCUGGGAGUGAGGACUUUCAUCCUCGAGAACGCCCAUCCGGUGAAGAAGGUUCUCAUCUUCCUUCCCAUCAUCUAUGCCGUCGUGACUGUGGUUAACGUCGUCUCUGUCUUCACCGACUCACCCCCCUUUCUGUACCUGGACAAGGUACCUUGGUGGGGAGUUUCCUUGUCCAGUCUCCUCAUAUCGAUCCUCGUCGGAGUCUACGUUCGAUUCUUUCUCAUUCCUCACGUCACCCGCAAACUCACAGACACGAAGAAUGACUUGGAAGAGGUAAAGGAAAAGGAGGAGAAGGAGAAAGUUGAAAAUAUGGAGAUUGUCCACAGAAUGAAGCUGAUGAAAGUGAAUGAGAGUGGGAAGGUUCAGCCCAUCCUUUCAAAGGAAAAAAUGGACUCCAACCCCUUGCCUCAGGAAAAGGAAGGGAACUGCUUCGAAAAAGGUGGAGGAGACUCGAACGAGAUCUCGAAUGGACUAAACGAUGAGAAGGGAAUUGAAGAUGAAGAGUCCGAGAAGGGAGAUAUGACGGAGAAGGGGAAGACCGAGGGAGACGAAGGGAAAGGAGACACAAACGCGCAGUUUCCGCCGACUGAGAAGUUAUUCUCGUUCGUCCAGAUUUUGACUUCCGUGUGCUCGUCCUUCUUCCACGGCGCCAACGACGUCAGUAAUGCGGUCGGUCCGAUCCUGGGGAUGUGGUUCGCCUAUCAGACCGGGAAGUUGUCGCACGUGAUGGAUCCACCCAUCUGGAUCUUGGCUUUCGGAGGAAUUGGGAUCUCGCUUGGACUCGCCGUUUGGGGACGAAGGGUCAUAAAGACCGUCGGCCAGAGACUCACUCCAAUCACUCCAUCUAGCGGAUUCACGAUGGAGAUGGGGGCGGCAUUUACAGUGCUGAUGGCGUCCAAGGUGGGUCUCCCCAUCAGCACAACUCAUUGCCUCAUCGGCUCCAUCGUCUGCGUCGGCAAAGUCAAGGAUCCUCUUCAGGGAGUCCAAUGGGGUCUCUUCCGGAACAUCGUGUUGACGUGGUUCAUCACGCUGCCGGCAUGCGCAGGUGUGAGCGCCUUGAUCAUGUUCAUCCUCCUCCACGUCUCCCCCUGAACUCCCUUCGCUUGCAUCAUUUUAGCCAUCACCCCUUUUCAUUUUCAAUUUUUUCCUGACGACAUGUAUUAUACUAUUUGUUCGUUUCUUUUAAUGAAGGACUGCUUUCGUGGACGGAC